AUAAAACACUUACAUUGGAAGAGAAGCAGUUCUAAAUAUAAGUAUGGUAGCAACGUUUUUAAUUUUACUUUUUUUUUUCCUUCAUUAAUAAAAAUAUAACCUCAAUAAAAUGGAAACUUUCCAAAAUUAAAAAAUUAUGGCUGAAACUGUCACAUUCCCAUUUAGACAGGUUUUACUAUAUAAAGUUAAAAAAUAAAUUAGAAUAAGUGUUUACAGAGUAAUAAGACAUUGUAAAGGCUGUUGACUCUUAUGACUUAAUGUAGUCUGAUUUAUAAUGGAGAAGACAUUGGCUGAAUGCUUUCUUUUUAUCAAACUAUAUGCUAUAUUCUUCUACAUUAUAUAUUGAUGAUUGGACCUCAUUGAAGACUUAUGUAUCAAAUAGUUUUGCUUUUUGUGAUUCAGAAUUCUUGGUGUUGAGAUAUCAUGAGCAAAAUACCACCGCUUACGUAUCAUGCCAUAACAACUUUAAUAACAGAAGGAAAUGCCGAUGAUUUAAGGAUCCUAUUGGAACAAAGAGAUGUAGAUAUUAACGAAGGAGAUGAGAAUGGACAAACUUUCUUAAUGUAUGCUGCUCAAAUUGGACAUCUUAAUAUUGUUGAAGAACUGUUGCUUCAGGGAGCAAAUGUUGAUGCUGAAGAUGAAGAUAACUGGUCAGCCUUACUAUAUGCUGCUAAAGAAGGACAUACUGAUAUUAUUAUUAAAUUAAUUGAAAAUGGUGUAAAACUUGAUCAUCGGGAUAUGGGUGGAUGGACUGCUUUAAUGUGGGCUUGCUAUAAAGGUUAUAUUGAAUUAGCUUCUUUGUUGCUACAGAGAGGAUCAAGUGCUAAUGUGUAUGAUAAAAAUCAUAUAUCAUGCCUUGUUUGGGCAUCUGGUCGUGGACAUUUGGAAAUUGUAAGAAAUUUAUUAGCACAUGGUGCAAAAGUUAAUGCAGGUGAUAAGUAUGGAACCACUCCUCUUGUAUGGGCAUCACGUAAAGGUUAUUUGGAUAUUGUAGAUGAAUUACUUAGAGCUGGAUCCAAUGUUGAUACAGCUGGAAUGUAUUCAUGGACGUCAUUAAUAGUUGCUACUAAAGGUGGAUUUUCUGAUGUAGUAGAAGUUUUGUUAGAAUAUAAACCCAAUGUUAAUGCUGUAGAUAUGAACGCCAAAUUGCUGACUAGNUUGUUAAGAAAUCCUAAAAAUAGUCAGCUACUUUAUAGACCUAAUAGAGCAGGAGAAACACCUUAUAAUAUUGAUACUAAUCAGCAUAAAAGUAUUUUGGCCCAAAUUUUUGGUGCUCGCAGAUUAAAUACAAAUGAAGACAAUGAAAAUUUAUUGGGGUAUGAUUUAUACGGCAGUGCUUUAGCUGAUAUUUUAAGUGAACCAACUUUAUCUAUGCCAAUUUGUGUUGGACUAUAUGCAAAAUGGGGCAGCGGAAAAUCAUUUUUACUUAAUAAACUUGAAGAUGAAAUGCGUAACUUUACUUUUCAACGAUUAGAACCAACAUUUGAAUUCUCCUGGCUUGUUAAUUUGCUGUUGUUGUUGUUAUCAUCAACAGUUGGUUUUAUUUUAGCAUUUGCUUCUGGUAUGUGGAUUGUUGGUUUAUCUGUGGGAAGUGGAAUUUUAUUUAUGUCAUAUGUAUUUUUUGUUAUCAUCACAUUUGGUAAUAAACUACAUGAUUGGGAAUGGUCAUUUAAUGCCAGUGUAUAUUUUGCAGAACAUUUAUUAGCUAUAAAAACUAUGCUUCAAGUUAUAUUUUGUAAUCCACCUGCAUCUAGAAGAGAUGCACAUUUAUCUCCUGUUAGGUUUCUUUUUACAGAACAGACAAAAGUUAGUAGUUCGGGAGAAGAUGUAUCUGUUGCGCAAAUAAUAACAACACUUUAUUCUGCUAUUGAACAUGAAUAUGGAUUUUUCACUACAAGGUUUUAUAGAGUCUUUAAACCCAGAAUGGUGUCUGGAAGUAAUUGGAAAUAUCGAAGAUUAUGUUGUAUUCCAAAUGUUUUUGUGGCACUCUUCAUAGUAGUUUCUAUUUAUAUUUGUUGCAUAUUGCUAUUAGUUUCAGGAAUUCAACAGGAUUUCAAAAUUUAUAAGAUCACAAAUAGCACUGAAAAUGAAUAUCCUAAUUAUUAUCUUAUGAAACCAAGUGUUAUUGCACUUGGAUGUAUUGUAGGAGCUGUUAUAUUAACAAAUAUUCAUACAUGGUAUAGAAUGAUAAUAACUUUAUUAGUUUCAAAUUAUCGUCGUGUUAAACUUGUGACAUCUCAUACUAGCAGUUACCUAGAAAAACUUAAAAAUGAAGUAGAAACAAUGACUUUAAUGGUUCAGUGCAUGGAUGCAUUUGUUGGACAACAGACAAGAUUAGUAGUAGUAGUUGAUGGUCUAGAUAGUUGUGAGCAAGAAAAAGUGUUGAAAGUUCUGGAUGCAGUGCAUUUAUUAUUUUCUGAUCCAAAUUUACCAUUUGUUACUAUUCUUGCAAUAGAUCCACAUGUUAUCAUUAAGGUAAGAAAGAUUUUAACAUCAUUAUCUGUUGAUCAGUUAUUUUCAAUCACUUAUUUAGUCAUAAAACAAAAUUUUUGUAUGGUUCAAACUAGUGCCAAGCUAAAAAAAGCUGAUACAGUGCCUCUGAAAAGACUUCAACAUGAAUUUUUCAUCAUUUUAGGCAGAUUAAAUACAAAUGAAGACAAUGAAAAUUUAUUGGGGUAUGAUUUAUACGGCAGUGCUUUAGCUGAUAUUUUAAGUGAACCAACUUUAUCUAUGCCAAUUUGUGUUGGACUAUAUGCAAAAUGGGGCAGCGGAAAAUCAUUUUUACUUAAUAAACUUGAAGAUGAAAUGCGUAACUUUACUUUUCAACGAUUAGAACCAACAUUUGAAUUCUCCUGGCUUGUUAAUUUGCUGUUGUUGUUGUUAUCAUCAACAGUUGGUUUUAUUUUAGCAUUUGCUUCUGGUAUGUGGAUUGUUGGUUUAUCUGUGGGAAGUGGAAUUUUAUUUAUGUCAUAUGUAUUUUUUGUUAUCAUCACAUUUGGUAAUAAACUACAUGAUUGGGAAUGGUCAUUUAAUGCCAGUGUAUAUUUUGCAGAACAUUUAUUAGCUAUAAAAACUAUGCUUCAAGUUAUAUUUUGUAAUCCACCUGCAUCUAGAAGAGAUGCACAUUUAUCUCCUGUUAGGUUUCUUUUUACAGAACAGACAAAAGUUAGUAGUUCGGGAGAAGAUGUAUCUGUUGCGCAAAUAAUAACAACACUUUAUUCUGCUAUUGAACAUGAAUAUGGAUUUUUCACUACAAGGUUUUAUAGAGUCUUUAAACCCAGAAUGGUGUCUGGAAGUAAUUGGAAAUAUCGAAGAUUAUGUUGUAUUCCAAAUGUUUUUGUGGCACUCUUCAUAGUAGUUUCUAUUUAUAUUUGUUGCAUAUUGCUAUUAGUUUCAGGAAUUCAACAGGAUUUCAAAAUUUAUAAGAUCACAAAUAGCACUGAAAAUGAAUAUCCUAAUUAUUAUCUUAUGAAACCAAGUGUUAUUGCACUUGGAUGUAUUGUAGGAGCUGUUAUAUUAACAAAUAUUCAUACAUGGUAUAGAAUGAUAAUAACUUUAUUAGUUUCAAAUUAUCGUCGUGUUAAACUUGUGACAUCUCAUACUAGCAGUUACCUAGAAAAACUUAAAAAUGAAGUAGAAACAAUGACUUUAAUGGUUCAGUGCAUGGAUGCAUUUGUUGGACAACAGACAAGAUUAGUAGUAGUAGUUGAUGGUCUAGAUAGUUGUGAGCAAGAAAAAGUGUUGAAAGUUCUGGAUGCAGUGCAUUUAUUAUUUUCUGAUCCAAAUUUACCAUUUGUUACUAUUCUUGCAAUAGAUCCACAUGUUAUCAUUAAGGCAAUUGAAGCUAACAUUCACCAUAUUUUUCAUAAUUCUUCCAUCAGAGGUCAUGAUUAUCUUCGCAACAUUGUCCAUUUACCUUUCUACCUGCAGAAUAGUGGUUUAAGAAAAGUGAAAGUUGCACAAAAAGCUGCUCUUCAGACUUGUAAACAUACAAACAUGUGGAUUGAAGAGAAAGAAGAAAAGGGACAUGGAUCAAUUGUCAGUAUUCAACAGACAAAUAGGAGAACUUCAGCAUCAAGUGUUUCUAUACCAGAUAUAUUUCGGAAAAGUCGAAAGAGUGCUCAUAAGUUGAAAAAUAGUGACAGUAUAGGAAGCAGCAUUUGCAAUGUACAUCAUAAUGUAACCGGUGCUCAUGAUUUGACAAAAGUUUUAUUAACAGAUGACUAUUUUAGUGAUAUCAAUCCUCGUUCUAUGAGAAGACUACUUAAUAUUGUUUACAUAACUGGUAGAUUGCUGAAAGCAUUUAAUAUAGAUUUCAAUUGGUAUCAUUUGGCUGUUUGGGUGAAUACCACCGAACGUUGGCCUUAUCGCAUAUCUUGGAUUAUAAUGUAUUAUGAAAUUCAUGAAAAUGAAUUAGAUGAUCCACUUUCAUUAAAAGCAAUAUUUGAGAAGAUAAAAGUACAUAUUCCUACUUCAAAGGAAGAAGAGCCAAUGUUGGAUCUUGAUCACGAUGAAAGAAAGUUUGAUGUUUUCCUUUCUAUUCAUUCAAGUACUCUACAAGUUAUUGAUUUAAAAAUAUUUUUACCCUUUACAAUUAAUCUUGAUCCUUACAUAAGAAAAUCAAUUCAUGAGGAUCAGCAUCAUUUAACUGCUUUGAUUAAAGGUACUACUACACAUGGUGAUAAUACUCUUCCAGUAGUAUCAUAUGGUGGACAAAAUCGCUGGGGCAGAUUUAGUCCCCCAAGACCUCCAUCUUCUCACACUUGGGCUUCACCUCAGUCAUAUCUUUGGAGAUCAGAACUAAGACAAGAUUCAGGUCAUGGAACAUUAUCACCAGGACCAACAGUGUGGUGGGAUUAUCCAGUUGAGAAUGCUAACUUUAGACAAUGCCCCAAACAAGUAACACUUCCAAAUCAACAAAAAUUAAGUACAUUAUCUCUUGAAGGUGUUAUUAAUGUAAUUUCAUCAUUAGAAAAUAUAAACAAAAAUAAGUUAUCAGAAUAUAGCAAAGUUGUUACACAAAAUAAUAUUAAUGGUCUUGUGCUAUUAACUUGUGAUUUGAAUGAAUUGAAAGACGUAUUAAAAAUGUCUUUUGGUGAUUGGGAAUUAUUCAGAGUUGCAAUUCUUUCAUUGAGAGAUCAAGAAUAUCAAGUAGUAACUGUUAGUGAAGGUGAUAGAUCACGUUCUUCAUCAGUGAGAGACAAAACUCGGCAAACAAAUACAGAUACAACUCAGGAAAAACCAAAAUCUUCAAAUAAUGUUUCUGAAAAUACUGAAAGAACAGAAGGAAGAUCAAGACGACCAAAUAUUGCAUUGGAAAAACAGGUAACUUUAGAAGAAAGUCUGAUAUUUGGUGCCUUAGAAACAUUAAAUGAAGAAGCACAGGAAGAUGCUUUAGAAGAAAAAUUAGAAAGACAAGAAAAUUUGAAUGAAAGUUAUACUCCAGUAUUAUCUGUUUCUGAAGAUCAUUUAUCAGACACUGAUUCACAUAGUACAAUUGGUAGUGUUGUUAUUAGUCCUACAGAAGUAGAUGUUUUAUAUAUACCUCGUGAUUCGCCUUCUCUCAGAGUCAGGGCUACAUCACUUCCAGAUGCUGUUCCAGAUAUAGAACAAGGUUCAGCUACAGAAUCAAUAUUUGUAUCUUCUGGUGAAAUUUCAACUUCACAUAGUUUACCAAAUGCUGGAGAAUUCAAGCAUGUUAAUUCUGCUUUAUCAGUUCCUAGUCCAUCAAAAUAUAUGAUUAAAGCUUUAUCCCAUGAAGAUGAUUUAAAAAGAGCAGUAUUAACUGCUAGUAUGGAGAGGUUAUCUAAAAGAAGAGGUAGACUUCCAUCUUCCGGUAGUGAUGCACCAUCUUCUCCGAUGUCUGAAAAAUCUGCUAGGCAGUGCAAAACAUCACACAUAGCAUCUAGUCAGCCAAAAGUAUUUGAUAGUGAUUCGUCUGAUAGCUCAAGUAAUAAUUCACAAGAAAAAUUGCUUGGGUCAGAUAAAAGAGAAGACACUCAAAAACUUCAAUCCAUUUCUGCUGGCGAGAAUACGGAAGGCUUUUACUUAGACGAUGAGCACACACCCUUAGUAUCACCUACACAUUCUGUAAAAUUGGAUUUUCAGACUCAAGUGUACAACAGUAAUCAAAUAAUCGAAUCACCGACUAGUCCACAAACUCCCGUUGUAGACGAACACAGGCGAAUACAUCGGCAGUUUUCUAUUGACAUUCCUUCCGAAGGCAUUAGUGAUCAGACUCCGAUACUUAAUUCAAAUGCAAUGCAACAAAGUGCCUCCAAUAUUACAUUUUAUCCAUCAAACGUACAAAGUCAGAAUUGCAAUCAGGUAUUACUGUUUGCAAAAUCCCCCAGUAGUAGUUUUCCUACAAGCCCACAACAAAUGAAUAUAUCUUCAAGCGAAUCAUUAUCAGAGAUUCUCGAUGAAACCAUCCUUUAAUAAAAACACUUAAUUUUAACAAGAUCGCAUUAUAUGUGAUAGUAGUGUAAUAUCUAGUAAAAUUUAUAUAAAUUAAAAUAAAUUUAUAAUUUGAUAAGAGAAAUAAUCAUAUAUUUAAAUUGUGAAUUUUAUGAAAUAGUGAAACUCCAGUUUUAUAUUUUUUUUUGUAUAUAAUACUUAACUGCAUUAAAUAUAUUUUUUUGUAUUAAAUGUUUGCAUCUUUACAGCAGUUUUACAAGCAAUGUAAAUAUCUUGUAAAAAUUAUUUAGAGUUUUUGUAAAACAGAAAAGUGCAAUAUUUGUUAAUCAAGAAAAUGUAUAAUUCCAUAAUCGUGUUGCUAACAUAU